AUUGCUGUCUCCUCAAAAAUUCUGAAAUCUGCAUAAUAAGUAAUAUUGUCCAAAUUGAAGGUGAAACUUUGUUCAUGGUCAAGAAAUUUGGUACACGCGCAAAUUUUUAUAACGUUGGAGUUACUUCGGAUGUUGUAGGAGUUUAUCACUGCUCUAAUUUAUCUAAUACUGUAGAAGCAAUCAACUUACUCGACGUCAAAGCCAAAAUGUAUAGAAUGCCUAAGUGGAACGGCGUAGAAGGACAAGAAAACAAUGUCAUUAAAAAUGUAUGGAUCUGCGUAUCCUUACUUACACCAUUAAUAAUACCUCAACAGUAAUAAAUAAAUAAUGCGAAUAACGAAUAAGACAAAUAAAGAAUAAUGCGAAUAACGUAUAAAAUUUUAUUUAAAUAAUUAUCUGAAUAAAAUUUAUUCGAAAAAUAACGAAUAAUGCCUAACCCUGAUCCAUACAAAUAAACGGCAGCAUUACUGUAAAAGAAAGAGUUCACAAUUUUUUUUUUUUUUUUUUAUGCAAACAAAUUACAAGUUACUAUAAAUUUAUUUACUGAAUAACUUCUAGAUAGAAAAUAGAGAAAAUAAAGAGAAGAUUAAAAAAUGAAGCCAUUAGAGAAGAAGAAAGAAGAUACAAUUUCCAAAGUUAGUGGUAGGAAGAUAAAACGCCCGAAAAAAGUUGAGACGACGUCUUCGGAGGAAGAGCACAGGCAAACAAAGAAAGCAAAACCUGACCGAGAAAAAGUGAAGGCCGAAAUAUUACGUUUACGACAAUUUGUCGAAAAUAUGAAAGAAAAUGAAGAAGAAAAAGAAACAGAAAAUGAAAAAAGAGUCCAUUCGUCGUCGGAGGAAGAAACUAAAGAUUAUCUUUCGUCGGAAGAGAAAGAAAGUACAGGAGAAAUAGAAGACAAACAUUCGUCGGAGGAACACUUUCCUUCCAAGGAGUUAGGUGAAGAAAAUUAUAAUCCCCCGACGGCAGUUCUGUCUCCAAAGAAAAUACAAGAAAACCAAACAUUUUCUGAUCUACCAUUAAGUAAUAAAAAUAUUACAAAAGAAAGAAACGCUUAUCCAAGUGAGAACAAAUGUAUAGAAUGCAACUGUACAGAAAUCUUGGAAAGAUUGAAGAAUUUCGAAGAUAAUACUGUAAAAUGUCUGAAGAAGGUGAUGAAAUCAAAUAAAGAAUUAGUUAAAAUGGUUAAGCGGUUGAAAGAUAAUAAAGUGGAAGUUGCACGUACAUUUUAUCAAGCGUUGGAGAGCUUUCCAUUACAGACAAUUGAACAAUUUCAUGAGUUCGAAAAUAAUAAUUCAAAGAAUAACCAAUAUGACAACUUAAAGAAGGCCACCUCCGAAGCCCUAAAAUAA